AUGAAAUGCGGAAAAUACAACAUUCUAUAUGACGGCUACAAAUGUAAUGAAUUAAACGAUAGUGGAAUCAUAGACACAUCGCUGGAUCAGGAGACAACACUACAGCAAACAGAUGUAAAACAAAGCGAUCUAAGCUUAACACAUGAGGCGUCUGUUGUACUAUUAGGUACCAAAUAUACAAAACCUAGACCCAGACUUACAUUCAGCUUUAUUGCAACAGCAGAGGCAAAUGUAAUCAAGCUUUUCUUUGUUACAAUCACACAUGCCAUGAGAAACGGGAUAUACUACGGAUACGAUUCUUCUAGUGGAUGCGUAAUUGUAUCCAUAACAAAGUUGUACCCCGGAAGAAGAUAUCAGAUGUAUGGGAGACUUAAAGGACGUCAUAAUCGUCUUCAUUGCAUCUGGGCACGCAAGAUUUGCUACAGAAGCAUGUGCCAUCAGAUAUUCUAA